GCAGCGGUGGGCCGGGACGGUCCACACGGACUGGUCCUGGUCCUGGUCCGGGUCCGGUUCUGCCUGCAGUGUCUCGCGCUCAGGAUGGGGGACGCCUGCGUGUGUUCGGACGUUCCGUGCGUGUCUUGACCACAAGCGCACGCUGUGUUUAAUGACAGACGGAUCACGUCCGGUGGCGAAAUAACCCUCCGCUGGAAAUGUAGGACCCGAAAAGGUGUGUCCACGAGCUGGACCCGGGACUGGGACUGGAGCAGUACAAUGCGGAGCUGCUUUUCCAAUCUCCGCCUGUGCGCGUCCACGUCGGGCUGAGCCAUGCUGGUUCCGAGGGUUCCGAUGGGUCUGGUCCUCGGGUUCCUCGUUUCGCAGGCGUGGAGCGUUCAAAUGCUGUGGGAAAACUGGCACGUCCAGCUGCGCCAGGAGAAGCCGCAGAGUUCGAAGCCCCACAUAGUUUUCGUUCUGGUCGAUGAUCAGGGCUUCCAAGAUGUUGGUUACCACGGUUCUGAGAUCAAAACCCCGACCCUGGACCACCUGGCAGCGCAGGGAGUCAAACUGGAGAAUUACUAUGUGCAGCCUCUGUGCACCCCAUCCAGGAGCCAACUCAUGACCGGCAGGUAUCAGAUCCACACUGGCCUUCAGCACUCCAUCAUCCGAGCUACUCAGCCAAACUGUCUGCCCUUGGAAAAUGUUACUCUGCCCCAGAAACUCAAGCAAGCGGGCUACACCACCCACAUGGUGGGCAAGUGGCACCUGGGCUUCUAUAAACGCGGCUGCCUGCCCACUCAGCGUGGCUUUGACACGUUCUUCGGCUCCCUGCUGGGGAGCGGUGACUAUUACAGUCACUAUAAAUGUGAAGGCCCUGCUAUGUGCGGCUACGACCUCUAUGAAGGAGAAGAGGCAGCCUGGGAGCUGGACCAAGGCUUGUACUCAACUGUGAUGUACACUCGAAAGGCAGUCAGCAUCUUAGCCAAUCACAACCCUCGCAGGCCGUUGUUUCUCUACUUAGCCUAUCAGGCAGUUCAUUCCCCACUACAAGUUCCUACUCGCUACCUCGAGCGCUACAAGAGCAUUCCGAACCUGCACCGACGUAAAUAUGCUGCCAUGGUGUCUUGCCUGGAUGAAGCCAUCCAUAACCUCACAUUAGCGCUAAAGCGCUAUGGUUACUAUGACAACAGCAUUCUGGUUUACUCUUCAGAUAACGGGGGCCAACCUUUGGCUGGUGGAAGCAACUGGCCUCUUAGAGGGAGCAAGGCCACAUAUUGGGAAGGGGGCAUUAGGGCGGUUGGUUUUGUUCAUAGUCCCCUCAUAAUGAACAGAGGGACUAAAUGUCAUGCUUUGAUCCACAUCACUGACUGGUUCCCCACACUGGUCACCCUGGGUGAAGGGAGUUUAGAUGAAGAUCUAAAUCUGGAUGGGUAUGACGUCUGGGAGGCCAUCAGUGAAGGUCGCCCAUCGCCUCGCCAGGAUAUUCUUCAUAACAUUGACCCAAUCUACAUCAAAGCCAAGACUGGAUCAUGGAAGGCCGGUUAUGGCUUGUGGAACACUGCGGUCCAGGCUGCUCUCCGGGUGGGCCACUGGAAACUUCUGACUGGUGUUCCUGGCUACAGUGACUGGGUGCCUCCGCAGACCUUCUCCAACCAGCGUCUGACCAAUCGCUGGCAUAAUGAGCGUGUCCAUUGGGACAAGGGAAAGUCCAUCUGGCUGUUCAACAUCACGGCGGACCCGUAUGAGAGAGUGGACCUGUCUCAGCGCUACCCUCACAUUGUGAAGAAGAUGCUAAAGAGGCUAGCACAAUACAACAAGACCGCAGUGCCCGUACGCUAUCCGGCUAAAGACCUGCGAUCGAACCCUCAGUACAACGGGGGUGUGUGGGGGCCGUGGUACAAGGAUGAGCGGCAGCGGCAACAAGAGGAGGAGCGCUACAAUAAGCUAUUCACCAGCCGUUUUGGUAAAAGACAGUGGAUAAAGAAAGCAAAGAUGGGAGAGGCAAUUGCGGGGGCAGGGGACUAGGUUUGUGAAAGACUGACGCUGGCUUUUCUCAGGGAUUGAUAGUUUUUUCCUUGUCACAUGUUCUAGCUCCACUGAGCUCCGGCUCCCAGCUGACACUGUAUGAAACAAAAUGCAGACAGACCUUUGCCAGGGUCUCUAAGGGAAAGAGCCGUUGGUUCAAACACUGUCGCGCCUGGACGCAACCUCACAUUCAUGUCGGGGUGUUUAGAGGAAGCUCUCUCCAGAUUCUGCAGCAUGUUUGAACUGUCGCGUCUGGUAUUUGACACUUGCCACACGUUGCGGUGAUGUUAAAAGUCAAAGUCCUUGUUUCUGGAUCCGUCUGGUCUGGAACCAGGCCAACC